AUGCUCGCAUUCCUGUCCCUCUUCUUGUGGCUGCCCGCUGCCAAAGCCUUCGUCAGCGAUCCAACCAACUGUCACUGGUCUUGCCACCAAGCACUUGCAGAAUUUCUGUUCAAACCGAAUACCCUCGAAGAUGAUUUCUACGCCAGUCACUGUCAGAACGAACUCAGGGCGAAAUCAUAUUUCCUGUGUAUGCGCCACUACUGCACCCCAGAGCAGGCAGACUAUGGCUGGCACUACUGGAACAGCCAAUGCGAGGAAUAUGGCGAGGUAUCUUUAUUGCCAUGGUCAAUUAUUGACAACAUCACGUGGGAUCAGGCUCAUAGAGUCAUGACAGUAGACGAGUUUUGGUUCUCGAGGACUGAAGAAAGCGAGGAAAAUCCGAUUGUCCUCGACCAACUCACCCAAGUACCACCAGAAGUAUACCACAUCACCCACAAGACUGAAGUAGGUCCUUUGUACCGGACUGUCUUUGCACUCGACAUUUGGCUGACUGCUCUCAAGGACAUUUACUUGUCUACAGACAUUACCCAAGAGUGGUAUGGAUGGGCGAUGGUCGGCUACUGGGGUUUGGUUAUGUCCUUGGGCAUCCUAUAUCGCUUUUAUCUUCUCGUCGCCCAAGUUAUACAGCAACGACGAAAGGAUAACGGCUCCUCUUCCAGCCCAGCAUGGCUGCUCCGUUAUAAAAUGUGGAUGAGGAGGUGGAUCACAACCCCGGCGCUCUUGGGAUAUCACUCUGCACAGCCUUUUGGCUGGUGUACGAUUCCACCAAGGUUACAGUCAUUGUUAGUGAUCCUCUGGGUCAUUAUCAACGUGAUCCUGUGUUGCAUCGAUUAUCACCCAUUUGGGGACUACUUCUUUUACCGGAGUACAGCACGGCAGAUAUGGCAAUGGCUUUCUGACAGGACGGGAAUCAUGGCAACGGCGAAUAUGCCUCUCAUGUUUACCUUUGCCAUGCGAAACAACGUGUUGCUAUGGCUCACAGGCUGGAGCUUCACGACUUACUCCCAGUUCCAUCGAUGGGUUGCACGGGUUGCCACAGUGCAAGCUAUCCUGCACAGCGUUGGAUACACCGUCCUUGAUUUUCUUGACGAGGGCUGGCCAGAAUACAAGACGGAUUGGCAGCAAAGAUAUUGGUGGAUGGGUAAUAUUGCCACCAUCGCAAUGAGUCUCCUUUGCGUCUUCUCGAUCUACCCUAUGCGGAAGCACAUCUAUGAGGUCUUUCUCAUUGUUCAUAUCAUCGGGGCGCUCCUAUUUCUCAUUGGCAUGUACUACCACGUCGAGAUCUUCGGUGAUGAUUACAUGAUGUACAUUUGGCCGUGCGUUGCGGUCUGGUCGUUUGACCGAUUUCUGCGACUCUGUCGGCUGAUCUUCCUCAAUUUCCCGGCCUGCAAAGGCACCGCCUCAUAUCACCCAGACAGUAACAUGAUUCGCCUUUCUGUUCCGACCCGAUUCACGAUACAGCCACAGCCCGGGACUUACUUUUAUAUCUACAUGCUGAACGGACUCAAGUUUUGGGAAAGCCACCCGUUUACCCUGAGUACCUGGACGGAGAAAAGGGCCUCAUCUCGAGAGCUCAGUUUCGCAAUUCGACCACACGAUAGCUUCACGAAACGUAUGAUGGUGCAACUGGCGGGAAAGAGCGAAGAGGUGGGCAAUCAAAACAUUGUACAACCUGUUCGAGUACUUCUUGAGGGCCCAUAUGGAUCAGGUCAUACCUUCGCACAGCAUGACAAAGUACUGAUCAUUGUGGGUGGAUCUGGUAUCACGGUUGCCCUCGCACACUUGAGUGGACUGGCCGAUGCGAUCGUCCGAAGCGCGCCCCACCGCAUUCAGCGCAUCCAUAUUGUAUGGGCGGUUCGUAGCCAUGCCCAAUUCCAAGACGUCUUGGUCACCGAGCUGGCGCAGUGGCUGCAGGCUCCUGGCGCUCUCAGCACCUUGGACGUCGAGAUUGACAUCUAUAUCACGGGCAGCGAGAUUGGCAAUUCUCCAGGAGAUGUUACGCCGCCAGAUUUACCAAUCGAGGAAGCCAACCUGAAAGAGGUCGGGAUCGGCGUGGACAAGGCUAUCGACGCAGUCGAUGCCUACACUAAGAAGAUAUCGUCACCGAGUCCUGAUAUGACCGAGCAGGUCAAGAUCUUUCCGGGCCGACCUUCUGUGCGAAAGGUCAUCGAUGCAGAGAUACAGGCACACUGCUUCAAGGGUGUGAAGAUGGCUGUUCUCUGCUGUGGACCUGGACUCCUGGCGGACGAUGCACGAGCUGCGGUUGUGACAUGUAUGGGACACACAGAGGGAGAUCUUGAAUUCUUCGCAGAAGCGUUCAAUUGGUAA